AGCCACCCCUCCUGAGGCUGAGAAUGCUCUUUUCAUGAAACCUUUCCUCAAUAGUAGAAGUACAAAUAUCACUGCAGAUAUCUAACGAGCUUCAGACUUCAUCUAUCAGUAUACCAAGGACACACAGAGACGCCAGAUCUUCUUGUCGGCCGGUCUAAGAUGGCAGGACUUUUGAUUUACCUGAAGCAGCCGAACUGCAUUUACCUGUGUACAUAUAUAUGGUUGGCAACCCUAGCUGUGAUGAAUGCACAGGAAAUUCUGAUACCGAAACCUGAUGAUUGGACUUUAAAUGAUGAGAGUGCAAAAACAUCAGACUUGGAAUCACAGCCCAUUGAACUGGCAGCCCUUGGAAGACCUCUGUUUCCUGGUAUGCUGUAUGACUGCCGCAAGGAUAACUUCAUUCCAGGUGUUACGCUGUGGGAUAAGAAAUCACUGAGUGAAAAUUUGGACAGUCGUCCACAGCCCCAGACAAGUAUUUGGUUUGAAAGCUCUGACUCUAUCUCUGAUCUCUCUAGUCGACUGGAUGUAAGUGCUUCCCUGAAAGCUAGCUUUUUGGGGGGGCUUGUGGAAGUGGGAGGAUCUGCCAAGUUCCUACGCGACAGCAAAUCCUCAAACCAACAGUCCAGAAUGACAAUGCAUCACAGUGAAACUACAAGAUUCGAACAGCUCACUAUGACCCAUCUGGGUCAGAUCACCUAUCCUCAGGUGUUUGACCAGAAAACUGCAACCCAUGUGGUCACAGCGGUACUGUAUGGAGCUCAGGCCUUCAUGGUGUUUGAUCGAAGAUUUUCAGAAGAGGAAAGUAGACAGGAGGUUGAAGGAGAACUGAACAUCAUGGUCAAGAAUAUUCCUCUACUUUCCAUUGAAGGACAAGCAUCUUUAAAAAUGACAGAUGGUGAAAAGAAAAAGGCUGAGAAGAUUGCCUGCACAUUUUAUGGUGAUGUCCAUCUUAAUCAGAACCCCACCACAUACAUGGAGGCCCUGGAGUUGUACAAGAAGCUUCCAUCUCUUCUGAAGGAGAAUUCACAAAAUGGGGUUCCACUCAAAGUCUGGCUCUAUCCUCUUCAUCUUUUGGAUACAAAAGCAGCUCGACUGGAGAGAGAAAUCAGCACAAGUGCAGUUUCCUACAUUGUAGAUAUAAUGGAGGAGCUGAGUGAUGUAGAGAGGACAUGCAACGAUCUGUCCAGAAAAACAGAGGUAAAUAUGUUCAGUAGCAUCAAAGAAAGACUACGCUCAUUUAAGAGCUCAGUUUCCUUUUACAAGGCAUUGCUCCUGAAAGCAGUGGCCAAGGUCUUGCCUGGUAUUCGAGGAGGAGAUAUGGAGGAGAAGUCAUUGAAAGACAUCCAGAGGAUCCACAGUAGCUCCCCUUUUAAUGCUGUCAUGCAUAAACAGUGGUUAAAUGAUGCGAAGACUGAAGUUCGCCUCUUGAGUUCUUACACCAAGACACUAAAGGAGAUCACAAUAGUAGACUCAGACAGUCUCAAAACUAUCCUCCUUGAUCCUGACAUUGAUUUCGUGGUAUGCUUGACUUUCACAUCUCUGCAGUAUGAAGACCUAUAUCUUUCAACUCUGCAGGACUUUCUGAAAUCUGAUCAAUUUCAAGACCUAGAUGGGGAAAUAAACAUAAUUUCUGAAUUUCUGAAUGUCAGAAAGUGGUUCAACAAUCCUGAUGUCAUCUCAACCUUGAGAGAGAACAUCAUUCUUUUCAGAAGUUUUUCAGAGGCCAAUAAAAACGACAAGAAAUUCCGAUUCAUUAUUUCUGCCAUCUCCGAUCCCUCCAGUCCAGGAUCCUCCAUCUAUCUGUAUGAGAAAGGGAAACUGACAGACACAAAGUUCCAGCCCCUUUCCAAGCCACCCCCGCCUAUAGUAAAAAACAUUCUAAGGCAAGCUGUGUCCCUGAAACUGCAUGAGUACUCAACUGAAAAAAGAUUAAAAUAUAGAGUUGAAUACAAUGAGGUAACGUCAAAUUUUGGAGCUGAAGAAAAGUGGUUUCAAGUAGACACAGCGGAUAAAGAAUUCACUCUGACUGGAUUGCAGUUUAAAACGCUCUACUCAAUCCGAUACAAGAUAGUGGGUGAACCGGGAGUGAGUGAAUCCAGUGAUGCUGUCAACAUUACAUCUCAUUCGGCUCCUCCCUCAUCUUUCAAUCCACUAUUUAUUUUUUCAUCAUCCUCCAGUUUUAUGUCUCCUACCGGCAGCACCAUUAAGAAGAUCAAAUUUUAUUACAACGAGGACUUUUUGUCUAUUUAUUUUUCGAGGAAACAUGUCAACCGUUUCAAAAAAAUCCAAGUGACUUUCAGUGAUGGCCAGAGGUUUACAGUUGGUAACUCUGAAACCAGCAAAGAAGAAGAAUUUCUAUUUGAUGAGGAUGAUAAAAUUGUUGCUGCAACAAUGUGGCCACGAAAGGAUGAUGGAAGAUUGUGUGGGUUGGAAUUUGUGGUUGAAAAAAGCAACGGUAGAAAAACCACAUUAUCCAUCAAGUGUCGAGAACCGAGUAACCCUUUGAGCAUCGAUGUGAAGUCUGGAAAGUGUUUUAGCAUUAAAACAAAAGCAGGAUCUGAAAUUGGGCUUCUGGACUUCUACUUUAUUUAGAUUCCUUCAGCUACAUAAUCUACUGUAUAUAUCCGUUACCGAGCAUAUCCAAAUAUCAAAAAGCGUAAAUUAUUCCGAACAUGUUCUAAAGUUAAUGCAUGCAUCAUUUUAAUUAAUAAAUGUCUAGUGUUUGAUUUGGAUCAAAGAUUGUUCAGGUAAAUGUAACAAUAACUCCACUAAUGUAACGAACAAUAAAAAUAUAAAAUAUGA